AUGAGUGUGUCGUCCAUGUCGUCUGACGAAUCGACUGGGCCGAGUACGCCGCCUGAGAGCGUCCAGGGGGACGACGCAUGGAAGAUGCCACAUACAUUUCGCACCCUUGAUAUGCAACGGCGCUUCAUGAAGCCGUCGAAGAGCGGAUGGGAUGUGCCGGCGCUUCGAGAAAUUACGCGACCACAUAUCGAGAGUUUCAAUGCCCUAUGGGCCGAGGAUCCGUCCGUGGACGCACCGGGCAGCGCGGACAAGCUCGGUAUGGAAGGCGUUGGUCUACUGGAGCGCAGUGUGCAGUCGCUGGCACCGCGUGUGGUGUUUGACAAUACAGGAGGCGAAGGCAGUGCGUCGCGAGGCAAUCGACUCGAGAUGCGGAUUGAUGCUGUCUCGCUGAGUCGGCCGAUGGUGCCGGAUCGCGCGAAGGAUGCUCUGGAUCGCCGCGUGUAUCCUGACGAAUGCCGGAACCGACUGGUGUCGUACCGUGGUCGGCUGACGGCUCGUGUGACAUGGAGUGUCAACUAUGGACCGGAGCAGAGUGAGCUGCGGGAUAUGGGUCUCGUGCCGAUCAUGGUCGGCUCGAACCGAUGCCAUUUGCGUGGCAUGACGUCCGAGGAGCUCGUCGCGAAGCACGAGGAGCCGAAUGAGAUGGGCGGCUACUUUAUCAUCAACGGCAACGAGCGUCUGAUCCGAUUCCUGAUUCUGGCCAAGGCGAAUCACGUCAUGGCCAUUGAGCGCCCGUCGUUCACGCGCCGCGGCCCGUCCUAUACGAACAAGGCAUGUACGAUCCGGUGCGUGAGUCGGCAUGACCUGAUCAGUGUCACCAACUCGGUGCACUACUUGGACAAUGGUGGCGUGACGCUGCGUUUCAGCUGGCGAAAGCAGGAGUACAUGGUGCCUGUUGUGAUGGUGCUCAAGGCGCUUGUGAGUGCGACGGACAAGGAGAUCUUUACGUCGAUCGUGCAAGCCGACACGGACAAUACGUUCCUGACGGACCGCGUUGAGCUUCUGCUCCGUGGCUUCCAUCAGUAUGCGCUGUGGACGGGUGAGCAGUGCCUGGCGUACCUGGGUGACAAGUUCCGUGUCGUGAUGCGGGCGCCGGAGGACUGGAGCCACGCGCAGGUCGGCGAGGAGCUGAUCAACCGCCUCGUGCUGACGCAUCUCGAUAUGCCGCGCGACAAGUACCGCCUCCUUGUCUUUAUGAUUCGCAAGCUAUACGCAUUUGUGGCUGGCGAGUGCUGUGCGGACAACCCGGACAGCCCGCAGCACCAGGAGGUGCUCAUGCCAGGACUGCUGUAUGGUGCCAUGAUCAAGGAGCGUCUCGACGAGUACCUGAUCAAUGUGCGCCAGCUCAUUGCGCGCGAUGUGCGGACGGGGCAGUGUGACUUUUUCGAUGCGCGGUACAUCCAAAAGGCCCUCGCCAAGGUGAAUGGCGACAUUGGCGCGCGCCUCUCGUCGUUCCUCGCGACGGGCAACGUGUCGUCGCCCUCGGGCCUCGAUCUGCAGCAGGUCGGUGGCUUUACGAUCGUCGCCGAGAAGCUCAACUUUUACCGCUACAUCUCGCACUUCCGCAGCGUGCACCGCGGCGCCUUCUUCGCCGAGCUCAAGACGACGACCGUGCGCAAGCUCCUGCCCGAAGCAUGGGGCUUCCUGUGCCCGGUGCACACGCCAGACGGCAGUCCGUGUGGUCUGCUGAACCACUUUUCGCACACGUGCCAGCUCACGACGCGCGACUUGCCGCUGGGCCACAUACCCGCGCUGCUCACGUCCCUCGGCAUGACGGAGGUCGUCGCGGCGCACAUUAGCGCCCGAACGCACGUGUGUGUGCAGCUAGACGGCGUGCUGAUCGGGUACGCGACACCGGCGCUCGCGCGGCACAUGGCGACGGCGCUGCGGGUGUGGAAGACAGAGGGCCGGCAUGGCGUGCCGCUCGACCUCGAGAUUGGGUUCGUGCCGACGUCGCACGGCGGCCAGUACCCGGGCCUGUACUUGUUUGGAGGGCGCGCGCGUAUGAUGCGCCCUGUGCGCUACCUAUUCAACGGCGAGCGCGACCAUGUCGGUCCGUUUGAGCAGGUGUACCUGGACAUUGCGUGCCAGCCGCACGAGAUCGAGCGCGGUGUGUCGACGCACAUGGAGUAUACGCCGACGCAGGUCCUGAGUGUGGUGGCGAAUCUGACGCCCUUCUCCGACUUUAACCAGAGUCCGCGCAACAUGUACCAGUGCCAGAUGGGCAAGCAGACGAUGGGCACGCCCAGCGGCGCCCUGCAGCGGCGCACGGACAACAAGCUGUACCGCCUGCAGACGGGGCAGACGCCUGUGGUGCGGCCGGCGCUGCACAACAAGUAUGCGAUUGACGACUUCCCGAAUGGCACGAAUGCGAUCGUCGCUGUGAUCUCGUACACGGGCUACGACAUGGAGGACGCGAUGAUCCUGAACAAGUCGGCGCACGAGCGCGGCUUUGGCUACGGCAGUGUGUACAAGUCGGAGGUCGUCCACCUGCGCGACUUGGUCGGCGGACGUCUCGCGACCGGUGCGCUGCCCGUGCACUUUGGCUUCGGCCCUGACGUGCGGGCUGACGAUCCGCGGCGCACGCAGCUCGACGUCGAUGGCCUGCCGUUCGUCGGUGCCUAUAUGACCAAAGGCACGCCGAUGUAUGCAUGCUACAACGAGGCGACGGGCCGCACGAUCGUGAAGCGGUACAAGGGCGACGAGGCCGGGUAUGUCGACACGCUGCGUGUGAUCGGCGGCGACGCAGGCGAUACCGAGUGCCAGCACAUCCAGAUCAUGUUCCGCAUCCCGCGCUCGCCUGUAAUUGGCGACAAGUUCUCGUCGCGCCAUGGCCAGAAGGGCGUGUGCUCGCAAAAGUGGCCCGCGGUCGACAUGCCGUUCAGCGAGAGCGGCAUGCAGCCCGACGUCAUUAUCAACCCCCACGCGUUCCCGAGUCGCAUGACCAUCGGCAUGCUCAUCGAGAGCAUGGCCGGCAAGGCCGGCGCCGUGCAUGGCAUAGCGCAGGACGCCACGCCGUGGGCCUUCCACGAGCACGACACGCCUGUCGAGUACUUUGGCGAACAGCUACGGGCCGCAGGCUACAACUACAUGGGCAACGAGCCCAUGUACUCGGGCAUCACCGGCCGCGAGCUGCGCGCCGACAUCUAUCUCGGCGUCGUGUACUACCAGCGCCUCCGACACAUGGUCAACGACAAGUUCCAGGUCCGCACGACCGGCCCCGUCCACGCCCUCACGCGGCAGCCCGUCAAGGGCCGCAAGCGUGCGGGUGGCAUCCGGUUCGGCGAGAUGGAGCGCGAUGCCCUGCUGGCCCACGGCACGUCGUUCCUCCUGCAGGACCGCCUGCUCAACUGCUCGGACUACACGACCGCGUUUGUGUGCCGCACCUGCGGCAGCCUCAUGUCGCUCAGCUACGACGACGCCGCCGGCGUGCAUGUGCCCGGCCUCGGCGUCGUGCAGACGAUCGAGCGCUCGCACACGCCGCUCGGUCCUCAUGGCGAAUACUGCCGCGUGUGCCGCCACGCCGCCGAGGCCCAGCGCGUGCACGCGCCGCACCAGCGCGUCCAGGUCCCGCCGUCGCAUGUCCUGCGCCGCGCCGGCGACCUCGACGUGAUUGCCGUGCCGUACGUGCUCAAGUACCUCGUCGCCGAGCUCGCGGCCAUGGGCCUGCGCAUGUCCUUUGCCAUAGCACCCUAG